AUGAUUUCUUUUUCAAAAGUCGGAAAUGUCUUAAAAGUAAGUGGUUUUUUAGAAUUCAAUGUUUUAGUAGGCUUCUCAAGUUAUUGUAACAACUUUAUUUUUUACAUAAUUUAUAUUUUGUGUAUUAGGGACUAAUGUCGUCACCGAGUAUGUUAAUGUUACUGAUUUUGUCAUUUUACUUGCUUUUUGGAGCAGCAACAUUUUCAUACUUGGAGAACACAUUCAACUACGAUGUUUUUAACAAGAACUUGCUUUUUUGUUUUACUACGCUGACUACUAUUGGCUAUGGUAACGUACUACCUACUACGUUGACGAGUAUGGUCGUAUGUUCAUUGUACAUUAUAUUCGGGACUCCAUUCUUGUUUGCAACAUUCAGUAGAUGCAGUGGAGUCUUGACGCGAAUUUAUUCAAGAUUAUUUCGUUCUUCCGUAGGUUUUUUUGCUUUACAACAAUGGUAUGUUAUUCUUGCAACAAUUCUUAAAAGUACAACCUUUAUUAUAUUAAUGAACUAUUAUAAUGUUUUAGCAUGAGAAAAUACCGUUGUCAGUGUCAAUUCUGUUACUACUUUUGUAUUCUUUGGUCGUGGGCUUGUUGAUGACUAAAUGGGUGCAGUUACCUUCACUAAUUGCGGCUUUUUACUUUGGUUUUGUGAGUAUAACAACAAUUGGGUUUGGUAUGUUUUUUAAUUAUGAUAUUUUGUUAGCAACAUUAUAUAUAGAUACGAUACGUAACAACAGUACUUUCUUUGUCUUUCUUGUAUGUUAAGAUAAUCUGACCUUUAGGUGAUUUCUACAUUGUGCCCAACUCGAUUACUGAAACUGUGACAAUUAUUGGGAUACAGAGCAUCGGCAUUUGCUUAAUGUCUAUAUUAAUAUCAAACAUAUGCUCCAGUUUGAAGAGGUUUAACUAUAUGGGACGGGAGUUAUUCACGACGCCAUCUGAAGGGCCAUUUGUCUGGAUUAAUGGGGCCAAGUUCACCAUCAAGGAAUUGUUGAUGGGAGUGAGUACCCACUUUGACGUGAGUUCCUAAUCCUUUUAACUUUAAUUUCUAAUGAUGUUAGUAAUGGAAAUAUAAAAAUAUAUAUAACGGAAUAUUUGUAUUUGAUACUUCUUACUAUGGUCUUUUUGUGUUACUACAACAUAUGGUUAUCCAAUAUUCCCUCUAGGCUUCGCCUCAGAAACUGAAAUCCAUGUUGAUUGAGCUGGACGCUUUGUUGUCGAUGGAUUCUGAUGACAAUAAUCUUUUGAAGAACGAGACUACUGUAAGUUUAAGACCUACACCACUUGUACUUUUUCAGAAAGUCAUAUUCGCAUCGUCAUUUUCGGACGUCCAUGAGCAUAAAAAGGUAAGCAAACUUAAUUAUCUUAUCAUUCUAUGUAUAUGUUGUUAGAUGCUACACGCUUUGGCUACGGUUACUAACUUGUCGCUCUCUGGUCAGAAAACGAUCAGAAAGCACGAUCCGACCAUACGAGAACUACUACAAUAUCAAAAUGCCGUGAAUGUGUAG